AUUUUACCUCGACCUCAAAGCCUUGUCGCGGCGUACGAUCACGAUCUUUCUAGUAGACCUUUGACUGGACAGCAUCCUUCACAAUGUCUAGCGGUAAAGUCAAGGCCGGCCAGCUAUGGUCCAAGAACAAGGACGAUUUGACGAAGCAGCUCGGUGAGCUGAAGACGGAGCUCGGCCAGCUGAGGAUCCAGAAGAUCGCUUCGUCCGGUAGCAAGCUUAACAAGAUCCACGAUAUCCGGAAGUCGAUCGCUCGCGUUCUCACCGUCAUCAACGCCAAGCAAAGGGCCCAGCUUCGUCUCUUCUACAAGGGCAAGAAGUACCUUCCUCUCGAUCUCCGACCCAAGCAGACUCGUGCCAUCCGCCGCAGACUCUCCAAGGAGGACGCCUCAAGGGUGCUAGAGAAGACCAAGAAGCGCCAGUCACACUUCCCCCAGCGAAAAUUCGCCGUUAAGGCGUAAAGGAAUUUUCGAGUCCAGAGGAGGGCGGGGUCUGUGAUAUCAACGGCACCGGCGGCGUGGGUUUCCAAAAAAGAUUUCACUACAUUGCAUGGCAUCCAGGGGAAUCUGUUUUCACACGGGUUAAGGGUGUUAUUACGAGGCCAAACGAACUCGGUUGUUGCCAGCAAAAUAGCUGCCAAAAUGAGAGCCUUGAGCUGACACACGAGUGUCUGAGAAACCCCUUCCCACACAAGACCUUAUGACAGGAAACGAGUUAUUGUGAUUUGAGUUGUCGCACUCGCCCGACCCAAAUGGAGCCAGCCAUGAACACUCGCGGAAUUUUGAACUGCAAUUUUUUAUUUAUUAUGAUUCAUCUUCAAGCUAUGACUGAUAUGCACCUAGUAGGGUAGCUUUUACGACGCCUCUGCAUCUAGAAUCAGCCCGAUAUAUCUAACACCUCCAAGCCAAAACAGAUUGCCGCCCC